AUGGAGCUAAGAGUCCAGGUGACAUUAUCACAAUGUAGAAGGGCUAAGAGAAAAGCACUUGCAUUGAUUGAUGGAGAUCUUAAUGCUCAAUACAAGGUAUUGUGGAACUAUUGCAAUGAGAUUGGUAGGACAAAUCCAAAUACCUCUGUCUAUAUGAAAUUGGUUGAAAAUGAGGUGCCCGACAAGCCUAAGAGAUUCCAGCGAAUUUACAUUUGUUUUGGUGGUUGUAAAGAGGGGUUCAAGAGUGGUUGUCGAAGAAUAAUUGGGAUCGAUGGUUGUUGGCUUAAGGGCCCAAUGUAUGGAACUCAAUUGUUAACUGCUGUUGGAAUUGAUCCAAAUAACAAUAUCUUUCCAAUAGCAUAUGCAGUUGUAGAGAAGGAAAGAAAGGAAUCAUGGGAAUGGUUUUUGAAUUAUUUGAAGAUUGACUUAGACAUUGAUGAUACUAGUACUUGGACCUUCAUGUCGGAUAAGCAAAAAGGUUUGAUUGAAGCGUUCAAUGAGGUAUUGCCAUAUGUUAGUCAUCGAUUCUGUGUGAGACACCUCCAUAACAACUUCAAGAGGGCCGGAUUCGGUGGUGACUCACUCAAGAAUGCCCUUUGGAAGGCUGCAAGAGCUACGACAGUAGAGUGGUUUGAUGAUUGCAUGGUUGAUAUCUUUGAUCUUGAUCCAGAAGCUGUUGAUUGGCUCAAGAACAAACCACCUACUGAAUGGUCUAAAUCUCACUUUUCCGAAACUGUGAAAUGUGAUACCUUACUCAAUAAUAUAUGUGAAUGUUUUAAUAGCAUGAUCCUUGAGGCUAGAGAUAAGCCGAUUAUCACUCUAUUGGAGAAGUUAAGGUACUUACUUAUGUCGAGGAUGCAAGCAAAUAGGGAUAAAGGUGCCCAGUGGAAUGUUGGUGAUAUUUUCCCUAGGAUUAAGGAUGUAUUGCACAAAAAUCAAGCUAAGGCAGCUGAAUUUAUUCCUAGGAAAUCAAAUGAGUGGAAUUAUGAGAUAAUAGGGGCAAGCAUAAUGAACAAUUGGGCUGUGGAUUUACUAAAUAGAAAAUGCAGUUGUAGGAGAUGGGAUCUAACAGGAAUUCCUUGCAAACAUGCCAUUGCCGCAAUUUGGGCUAAACAUGAUGACAUUAACUCAUACGUGGAUGAUUGUUAUAAGGUAGAAACUUAUAGAAAAAUCUAUGCAUUUUCUAUUCGACCUAUGAACGGUCAAGAGAUGUGGCCUAAGUCGAAAAACAUACCUCCUUUGCCUCCACGGUUGGUAAGACAAAGUACCAAAGGAAAAAAACAAAAGCAGCGGAGAAAAGAACCAGAUGAAGUGGGAGCAAGUAGACAAAAAAUGAGAAGGAAGCAAAAUAAAUUGGACUGUAGCUUAUGCCACAAACCAGGCCAUAAUAUAAGAACCUGCAGUUUAAAUCGUGUGUAUCCAGAUUCUCAUGAUGAUGAGACAACGCAACAAGGAUCGUCAUUUCCUAUUGUACCUUUUGCUCCUACAAAGCUUACGGUGAGAAGAGGACCUGCUAGCGAAGAACAUAUGAAAGCAACUCAAGAAAGUGGAGUGAAAAUUUUUGCUGCUAUAGAAGGAUAA